AUGAAGAGAUUGAGAACGUCCAUCCUCGAAUCUAUCUAUCUAUCUAUCUAUCUCAGUUUAUUCUUUAUCUAUCUAUCUAUCUAUCUAUCUAUCUAUCUAUCUAUCAAAGUUUAUUAUCUAUCUAAAUAUCUACUUCAGUUUAUCUAUCUAUCUAUCUAUCUAUCUAUCUAUCUAUCACAGUUUAUUAUCUAUCUAAAUAUCUACCUCAGUUUAUUAUCUAUCUAUCUAUCUAUCACAGUUUAUUAUCUAUCUAAAUAUCUACCUCAUUUUAUCUAUCUAUCUAUCUAUCUAUCUAUCUAUCUAUCUAUCUAUCUAUCUAUCUAUCUAUCUAUCUCAGUUUAUUUUUAUCUAUCUAUCUAUCUAUCUAUCUAUCUAUCUAUCUAUCUCAUCUUAACAUCUAUCUCAGUUUGUUAUCCAUCUAUAUAUCUACCACAGUUUAUUAUCUAUCUAUCUAUCUAUCUAUCUAUCUAUCUAUCUAUCUAUCUAUCUAUCUAUCUAUCUAUCUAUCUCAGUUUGUUAUCCAUCUAUAUAUCUACCUAUCUAUCCCAGUUUAUUAUCUAUCUAUCUAUCUAUCUAUCUAUCUAUCUAUCUAUCUAUCUAUCUAUCUAUCUGUAUGUCUCAAUUUCCUUUCUGGCCAAUCAAACGGAGCCUCGAUCCCCCCUCUAUCUCUAUCUCUACCCCAUAUACGGAUAA